GGGAACUCGAAGCCUCGUUGCUGGUCUUGAUCUAUCAACCCUCACGUUCUCGUUUCUUUCGUCCUUCUCUAGAACUCGCCUUCGGACUGUUCAACGAACUCAGUCGCAAUCAUGGCGAGCCCAGCAAAUCUCCCUCCCAUCUUCAACCCCACCUCCCAGGACAUUGAAAUGCUCCUCGCAGCACAAUGUCACUUGGGCUCCAAGAACCUCCAGGUUCAUAUGGAACCCUACCUGUGGAAGACUCGUCCUGACGGUAUCAAUGUCAUCAACAUCUCGAAAACCUGGGAAAAAAUUGUCUUCGCUGCACGCAUUAUCGCUGCCGUCGACAACCCGGCCGACAUCUGUGUCAUCUCCGCCCGUCCCUAUGGUCAGCGUGCUGUCCUGAAGUUCGCCGCGCACACCGGAGCCGUCGCCAUCGCCGGUCGCUUCACUCCUGGUAACUUCACCAACUACAUCACCCGCUCGUUCAAGGAGCCCCGCUUGAUCAUCGUGACGGAUCCGCGCACCGACGCCCAAGCCAUCAAGGAAGCCUCCUAUGUCAACAUCCCCGUCAUUGCCCUCUGCGAUACCGAUUCCCCCACCGAAUUCGUCGACGUGGCUAUCCCGACCAACAACAAGGGCCGUCAUGCCAUCGGCUUGAUCUGGUGGAUGUUGGCUCGUGAGGUGCUUCGUCUCCGCGGCACCCUGGCCAACCGUGAAGUCGAGUGGGAUGUCGUGGUGGAUCUGUACUUCUACCGUGAUCCUGAGGCUGAGGAGCAGAAGGAGGAGGAGAAGGUGCCCGGUGCGGACGAGGCUGGUGCUGUUGCUGUCGACCGUGGAUUCACAGACAAUGCGGACUGGACUGGAGAGCCUGGCGCUGCGCCCGGUAUCGAAGGUGCUCCUCAGGCUGAUGCCAACUGGAACGAGCCAGGCACCGGCACUGCGGAUUGGGCUCAAGAGACCGCGGCCCCCGCGGCCAGUGGCUGGUAAAGCUCUUGCUGAGCAGACAGGACCACGAGAUACUCGUUUGGCGGCGGCUUCGCGUACAGUUCCGCCAAAAAGGGUCACCACUACCACGUCUCAUCCGACACCAUUCCGUCCAAAAGUCAGACACAAGCUCUGCCCGUAUUUCCAAACUCUCACAAAAACCACCCCAAAUCCGCGUCACCCGCAAGCAAGGCCGAAAGUCGAUGGCACUCACGAGGGAAAGAUACUCGACCCUGAGGAUCACUCGUUCUUCCUCGGUUGUAGAGAGAAAGCCCUGUGCUAGAGAUGAAGGGAUGUACUUGACCGUUGCCCAGCCUUGUACUGUCGAGGGAUGUGGCUAUGCGAAUAUGAAGACGGCCCCGGAGCAUUACGAGGUCUUUCGGAUCAAAAUAGCUCAAUACAAUCAAAGUUGAGAAAACAUUCAAAGCUCAUUGACCUAAGAGCCACACUUUUUGCAUUGCAAAUUCAAACCCCCUUUUGUGGUGUUUUCGAUUUUCUACCUGUGACUAUCAUACCCCAAUCCGUGGUUCCCUAGUAUCCAAAAUGUCC